CAUCUAUGCGCAUGGCAACGCACACGCACACAAAAAAAACUAGCUAGCCAGCCGCCUCUCUCUACAGUCGCCACCGCGUCGCCAGCUAAUUGCUGAAGAUGGCGGCUUGUAGACGUGUUCACUCUCUCCUGCUUUUGUUAUCCAUGUGUAUAUAUGUGUACUUCGUUAACGCAGGGAAAACACAGGCUGCUGCCAAUGGAAAUGUCGAGAAUAUUGGAAGCCCCCGAAAUCAAGGAGUUUUACCCGUCGCUGCGAAUGCAGCUCCCGGGGCUGUGGCAGCGCAGCCCCGUCGUUCUACCGGCUGGAAGCUGGCUGAAGAGGAGGCCUGUCGGGAAGAUCUGUUGAGGCUUUGUCCAAAUAAGCAUUCUUGGUCAAACAACUUAGCCGUGCUGGAAUGUCUGCAGGAUCAUAAGGAGGAUACAGAGCUGGCUCCUGACUGCAAUCAUCUACUAUGGAACUACAAGCUGAAUUUGACGACUGACCCCAAGUUCGAGUCCGUGGCCAUGGAGGUGUGCAAGAGCACCAUCAGCGAAUUAAAGGAGUGUGCCCAAGAGGAGAAGGGGAAGGGCUACCUGGUGUCCUGUCUGGUAGAUCACCGUGGCAACAUCAGUGAACACCACUGCAAUCAGUACAUCACCAAGAUGACCACCAUCAUCUUCAGCGACUACCGGCUCAUCUGCGGAUUUAUGGACAAAUGUCGUGAAGACAUCAACACGCUACAUUGUGGGAGUAUCAACACAGGAGAGAAGGAUGUGCAUUCUCAGGGCGAGGUGAUUGCCUGUCUGGAGAAGGGGCUGGUGACGGAGGCAGAGCAGCAGGCUGGUCACACUGGUAUCAAGGAGGACUGCAAGAAGGCCAUCAUGCGAGUGGCCGAACUCUCGUCCGAUGACUUCCACCUCGAUCGCCACCUGUACUUCGCCUGCCGUGAUGAUCGUGAACGCUUCUGUGAAAAUACUGCGGCAGGAGAGGGGCGGGUCUACAAGUGUCUCUUCAACCACAAGUUUGAGGAUGGCAUGUCAGAAAAGUGCAGGGACUCCCUGUCCACACGUCAGAAGCUGAUCGCUCAGGACUACAAGGUGAGCUACUCGCUGGCCAAGGCCUGCCGCGCGGACCUGCGCAAGAACCGCUGCAACCAGGACACCAACAUGCCCCGCGCCCGCGAAGCCAAGCUCUCCUACCUGCUCCUCUGCCUCGAGUCGGUUCUGCACAGAGGUCGGCCGGUCAGUGGGGACUGUCAGGGCGAGAUGCUGGACUACAGGCGGAUGCUGAUGGAGGAUUACUCACUGAGCCCGGAGAUCGUGCUCCACUGCCGGGGCGAGAUCGACGCGCACUGCGGCCUGCACCACAAGGGACGCACGCUGCAUUGCCUCAUGAGGGUGGUCCGUGGGGACAAGGGUCCGGUGGACAGCCUCUGCCAGAAGGCUCUCCAGAGUCUGGUGCAGGAGGCAGACCCAGGGGCAGACUACCGCAUCGACCGGGCCCUCAACGAGGCCUGUGAGUCGGUCAUCCAGACCGCCUGCAAACACAUCCGCAACGGAGACCCCAUGGUGCUGUCGUGUCUGAUGGAGCACUUGUACACUGAGAAGAUGGUGGAAGACUGUGAGCUGCGCCUGCUGGAGCUGCAGUACUUCAUCUCCAGAGACUGGAAACUGGACCCACUUCUGUACAAGAAGUGCCAGAACGAUGCGGCGAGGAUCUGCCACACUCACGGCUGGAACGAGACGAGCGAGUCGAUGCCCCCUGGCGCCGUCUUCUCCUGCCUGUACCGCCACGCCUACCGCACCGAGGAGCAGGGCCGCCGGCUCUCGCGGGAUUGUCGUACAGAGGUGCAGAGGAUCCUGCACCAGAGGGCUAUGGACGUGAAGCUGGACCCUGACCUGCAGAGACGCUGCUUGACCGACCUGGGCAAAUGGUGCAGCGAGAGGACAGAGGCUGGACAGGAGCUGGUGUGUCUGCAGGAUCAUCUGGAUGACUUGGGCCCGGACUGUAAGGAUGUGGUGGGAAACCUGACAGAACUGGAGUCAGAGGACAUUCAGAUUGAUGCCCUGCUGAUCCGUGCUUGUGAACCUGUGAUCCAGACCCAUUGCCAUGAUGUGGCGGAUAACCAGAUUGAGACGGGGGACCUGAUGGAGUGCCUGGUGCUCAAUAAGCACCAGAAGGAGAUGAAUGAGAAGUGCACCGUGGGGGUCACUCACUUCCAGCUGAUCCAGAUGAAGGACUUCCGCUUUUCCUACAAGUUCAAGAUGGCCUGCAAGGAGGACGUACUCAAACUCUGCCCCAACAUCAAGAAGAAGGUGGAUGUGGUGAUCUGCCUGAGUACCACAGUGAGGAACGACACGCUGCAGGAUGUGAAAGACCAGCGUGUGUCUGUGAAGUGCCGCAGACAGCUCAAAGUGGAGGAGCUGGAGAUGUCCGAAGAUAUUCGUCUGGAGCCGGACCUGUUUGACAACUGCAAGAACGACAUCAGGAAGAUGUGUCAGAACGUGCCGUACGGAAACGCUCAGGUGAUUGAGUGUCUGAAGGAGAAUAAGAAACAGCUGUCCCAGCGGUGCCAUCAGAAGGUGUUCAAGCUGCAGGAGACUGAGAUGAUGGACCCUGAACUGGACUUUCAGCUCAUGAGGGUCUGCAAGCAGAUGAUCCGGAGGUUCUGUGCUGAGGCGGACGCUAAGAACAUGCUGCAGUGCCUGAUUCAGAACAAGAACGGCGAGAUGAUGGAUCCCAAGUGCAAACAGAUGAUCACCAAGCGCCAAAUCACCCAGAACACAGAUUACCGGCUGAAUCCAGUGUUGAGGAAGGCCUGUAAAGCGGACAUUCCCAAGUUCUGCCAGAACAUCCUGACCAAAGCCAAAGACGACAAUGAGCUGGAGGGACAGGUCAUCUCCUGCCUCAAACUCAAAUAUGCAGAUCAGCGUCUCUCGCCUGACUGUGAGGACCAGAUCAGGGUGAUCCUGCAGGAGUCUGCUCUGGACUUCAGACUGGACCCUCAGCUUCAGCUCCAGUGCACUGAGGAGAUCUCGCGGCUGUGUGCGGAGGAGGUGGCGGCGCAGGAGCAGACGGGUCAGGUGGAGGAGUGCUUGAAGAGCAACCUGCUGAAGAUCAAACAUGACGGCUGCAAAAAGGAGGUGUUGAACAUCCUGAAGGAGAGUAAGGCCGACAUCUUUGUGGACCCCGUGCUGCACACGGCCUGCGCUCUGGACAUCAAACACCAGUGCGCCUCCAUUCCGCCAGGCAGAGGGCGCCAGAUGUCGUGUCUAAUGGAGGCUCUGCAGGAUAAGCGAGUGCGUCUGCAGCCGGAGUGUAAGAAGAGACUGCAGGAUCGCAUCGAUAUGUGGAGCUAUGCCGCCAAGGCGGCUCCGGCGGAGGGCUUUGCUGACCUGGCGGGCGAGGUGUUAACCUCUCCGGCCAAGAACUACCUCCUGUCCAUGCUGGGCAUGGCCGUCACCCUGCUCUUCCUCAUGGGGCUGCUGUGUGGCCGCAUCACCAAGCGCAUCACCCAGCAGCUCAAGGACAGGUAGAGGGCAGCCCAGUCCUGAGCACUGCCCCCCACGCCCCAGCACCCACCCCCCCCCCCGCCCUUCCUGUCCCUUGCCUCCACCCCUCCCCUCCUGUCCUCCCCCUGCCCUCUCCUCACACCCUCAGCUGGCCCAUCCAUGCCCUGGACCCCCCCCCCCCCCCAUCCCAGGCUCCGGUGGGUGUCUGGAGGAGGGGAGGGCCAGGGGAGGAGGCAGAGACUGCUGUACUGGUGUGAUGUGUGCCGUGUGACUAGGGGACUGUACUGGACCCAGAGGACGCCUGCCCCCUGCUCCCCACCCGGCACCACCUGGAUCUGCCACACCGAGGAGGAGGGACACACCUGCCCCACCACCCCCUCCGAAUGAACAGACUUUCCACUUCUCCCUCCCCGCCUCUGUCACUCUUUCUCUUUUCUUCUGUCUUAAUGUUCGUCUUUCUCCAUCUCUGUGUUUUUAUGUGUUAAGGAAGUGAUUAUUUAUUUCCAUAAACAGUCAUGACUCUACAACACACUGCAGACAUGCUACAGAAAUACUCUUUCACCACAGAUGCACCCUAAUACACUCCAAACUCACUCCAGCACACUACUAAUGUACUCCUACACUGCAGAUCCACUACACUGCACUACUGAUCCAAGACUGAUACUCAGCCACUCUACAGUACCUGCCCUUUAUGUUAUUUAUGGAUCUUAUGCUUCCUGUCCACCGGCUUCCUCACCUGUACUGGCUUUUUCUCGCUGCUUUCCCUUUUUUUAUUUUAUUGAUUAUUUGGGUUUUUAUAAGUUGUUUAGAUUUUAUGAUUUUGGGAUAUGCAACUUCAGAAGAAAUCAUGCUGUUUGUUGUUUUGGAAAGGCUGCAGUUUAGCAGCAUGGCUGUGUGUGCCUGUGUGUGUGUGCGCGUGAGGAAUGGCUUGGUUUGUUUGCCUAAAUGACCUUUCCAUUAAUUGUGUGCGUGUUUGAGUGGUGUUAGAGGUAACUGUGGUGGUCGUUGGCUCGUCUCAUGAGUGUUAAUCUCAUUAGUUGCCCUGAAACUGCUGGCUGAGGAGUGUUGGUGUUGUCUCUUCGCCGCCUGUGAGCCGUAAGCAGCCACUGGAGUCCCUGCAGUUUCCCACUAGAGGGGUACCUGGGGCAAUCCCCACCGCGUGUCACUUCCUGUCACAGUGACCACAACAACUAGAACCUUACCAGAAUAUCUACAAAUGGUGAUGAUAAUGUAUUGAUUUAUAUUUGAUGUUUCGUUUGUUUGUUUUUAAGUCAGCAAAGUCUCAGAUCCGCACAUGCAGUGGUUUGUGUGUGUGCUCUAAGAAUAAUAUAUACAACUGUUACAGUAUUGUUAAUAAUGAUAGUUAUAAACAUCUUCCAAAGCGGUUAGAUGUGUUGAGACAUUGAUGCACUCAGGCCUGUUGUAUAAGGCACUGGAGUUACGUAACCUUCCGUGGUCCAGUGCAGGAUUGGUACGAGUUUUAGGCACUGGCCAGGUGAAGUUAACAGGGUACCAUGGGCAGCUUCUGGAUUUAUCCCACAUCAUGGCUACGUGUGUUUUGACCUGUUGCCAUAGUUUCAUAAGAUAUGCAUACGGCCGCUCACCUAGACCUCCUAGAACCUUUUAGAUGGCCGUUGCGUGGUUGCCAUGGUUACUUGAUCGUGAACAGAGACCACCCUCAGCCCAUGUUCCUGUGUCUCGAUUAUUGGCUUGUUAUGGUGCUCUGGAUGGUCUUCUGCUGACCAGAGCUGCACUGUGCAUGGGUGUCACGUUAGUAUUGAAGACAUCAACUCAUUGCACAAAACUGAAGUGAAUUCUCCUCCUUUUCCUAGUAUUUAACUGCACAAUUCAUCCUCCUUAUUUGGUAGGGGUUAGUCCUAGCCUUAUUUAUUCUGAAUAGAAUGGCUGGUUUGAGAUUCUAAGCUGAUUUCUUUUUUUGGGGGGGGGGGGGAUUGAUUCAUUGAGAUUGUUGAGAUUAUUCAUUGAUGAAUUAAGUUUGGGUUGACAUUGAAUUGCUUUGGGGUUGAGAUGUUCUGGACUGAUUUUGAAUGUUGCCGUGAUGCCCUCUGGAUAUACCAGCUGACUGCUUAGGCUCUGCUCUUAGUCAGCAGUGCGAGGUUGAGUUGUGGAGACUGUGGCCAGUGUGCUGAGGGACAGAAAACCAUGAAGGCAGCAAAUAAGGAUUAAGCUAUGGCCUCUCAAUUUCAAGCUCCGUGUUCAUAAUGCACAGCUUAUUGGACUGUACUGUGGUUUGUGCAUAGCCUUCGCAACACAGAGACCAUUCUCUCUGAUCUGCCUCAACUCAUAGGCUACCGUAGCGGGGCUUUCUCAUAGAUCAUAGGCCUGUCUCCCAGACCAUCUGCUUACCUGUGGUCCAGGACGUCUCAUUUCAACCCUGGUUAUGACCCACUCCCCAUCUCCCCCGUCUGUGUGUGUGCCUGCUGUAUUCCCCUCCAACGCCUUGAUUUCCCCUCGCACCACUCCAGCCCGCCCCGUUGCCACUGUCCCAGGGUCCUAUUCGCUGUUGUGGUAUGUUGACCAUUACUGCAACCAAUCAGCUGUCUUCUCUGAGUGCCCUGUUCCUACCCCGCACACUUGUGCUGAAUUGGCCUUGUCAUUUGUCUGGAACAUGUACUUUUACUGUACAGAGCAUAAAGUGGACCUUGCAAAUUUAUAUUUCAGACUUUUAAAUGUGCUUUCUGACUCCUGCUUGACGUCACGAGAGGGAGGGAAGCCUUUGUAAAUAGCUGUAAACAUUUGCAUCAGGAGAAAUAAAUGAGUAAAAACCUAUUAAAGCGCCCCAAACAUCCAGGUGUUGUGGCAAUUCAAGGAUCCUCCUUACUGUGAAGAAUGUGUUGAUUCAUGCUCAGCAUUUGACGUUGUGGGGAUAUCUGUUUUAAACUCGGUACUUAAAAGAGCGAGCAAAAGGUCGACUUGGCCUAUCGGCACCUCAAAUCUUGUGCAUGAAUGAAUCGUUCCUUCGCCAACCCAAAGGUUUCGGACCUUGCUCUGUUUAACGCUCUGGCUUUUGAUGGUGUUUGUGCGUUUUUCUAUGCAUUUGUUAUCAACGUUAUCUGAAACCUCUCACUCCCCCCCCCCCUCCCAUGGGCCUCAGUGCCUUGUGAAUGCCCCGGAGGAGUGAGGGGGGGGGGGGGGCCUAACUCCCAGCCCCCGUCUGCUUCAGCCCUCAGCUGAUGUCAGCUACUCGAGCUACACACCGGACAAACAGGUACAUUACUCACACUGUACAAAAAACAUGGUCAACUGGAAGUUUUCCGAUCCUAAUUUUUCUUGGUCAUUUUCUGGACAAAAUGGCUGUCUCACUCGCUUACAUGUACUGUUGCAGGUGUGGAAAAGGCUUUUUUUUUUAACCGUCUGUGUACGUACAAAGUGAGAGUUCCUUGAAGUCCAGCUGAAAUAUAAAAUGACUUUACUGAUCAAGUGGUAAAUGGUUCUAAAACAUUUGUUUUUGUAUUUUUACCUUUUUUUCUCUCAAAGAUGAUGAUGCCAUGUAUUAUUGAGAUGUAACAGAAUAACAUUGUGCAUUUCUUUGUUCUUGUAUUUUCUUUCUGUACAGGUCAAAUUGAAAAGUUGUUAAUAAAAUCAGUCUACUGCUUUUUA